CAUCAUUCCCUUUUCUCUUUCCUCUUUCCUCUUUCCUCUUUCAACUCUCUCUCUUUUAAUUUAAGCAACAAAAAAGAAAAUGCAAAUAUUCAUUUGUGGACUUUCUUCUGUGGGCAAUCAUAACAAAUAUCUGCCCUUAGUUGACAUCAAAGCCCACACAGAGAUCCUGGCCCUCAACUCUCGCACGAAACUCACUCAAACUUUCAUCAAUCCGUCUAAUGACACCAUUCCUGAAUUACAAUACACUUUCCCUCUUUACGAUGGUGUCAGUGUCGUCAGUUUCAAUUGCCAAAUUGGUGAUAGGUUCAUUAAAGGUCAAGUUAAGGAACGAUUCCAGGCCAGAACUGAAUUUAAUGACGCUGUCGGCCAGGGCAAGGCUGCCGCGCUUUUGGAGCAGCUUCCCGAUGCGUCGGAUGUCUUCACUAGCUCGGUUGGUAAUGCGCCUCCAGGGUCGACCAUUCUUGUCGAGAUCACGUUCAUUGGUGAGCUCAAACACGAUGCGGAAAUCGAUGGUACUCGUUUCACUAUCCCCACGAAAAUCAUGCCGCGGUAUGGCCAUUAUCCAGUUGAGCUCUACACGGGUGCCCAUGCCCAAAAGGCUACAGGGGGUGGCCUUCAGGUCACAGUUGAUAUUAUCAUGCCCGACCAAAAACCUAUUCAACAAAUCCAAUCACCUAGUCACCCUAUUGCUGUUUCUAUCGGCACCACUUCUAUCGCUCCCAACGCCACGCCCACCAUGUCUAAAGCAUCAGCAACACUCAGUCUUGGUACAGCAGAACUGGAUAAAGAUUUCGUCAUUCAUGUCUUGGCCAAGGACACAGGCGAUCCUAGUGCUAUCCUUGAAACCCAUCCUUCUAUUCCUAACCAGCGGGCUCUGAUGACCACGCUUGUCCCUCGGUUUCAACUUCCUCCAGAGAAACCAGAAAUUAUCUUUGUCUGCGACCGCAGCGGUAGUAUGCACGGAACAGCAAUGUCAUUAGCAAGAUCAGCAUUAAAUGUCUUCUUGAAGAGCUUGCCUGUCGGUGUAAAGUUCAACAUUUGCUCUUUCGGCAGCAACUACUCCUUCCUCUGGGAUAAAAGCCAGAUAUAUUCUCAAAACACAUUAGAUCAAGCUAUCAAUUAUGUAAAGGAGAUGGAGGCCAACAUGGGGGGCACGGAGAUGUUUCCGUGUAUCAAAGCGACAGUGGAAAAACGAAGCCAGGAUAUGCCUCUGGAGAUCAUGUUGCUUACCGAUGGUGAGAUAUGGAACCAAGAUCAGCUCUUUUCGUACUUGAAUAAAGAGGUUAUGGAGAGCAAGAUGCCAAUCCGCGUCUUUACUUUGGGUGUUGGUAAUGGUGUCUCUCAUGCACUGAUCGAAGGUGUUGCCAAGGCUGGAAAUGGGUUCUCGCAGACUGUGGGCGAAGGCGAAAUGAUGGACAAGAAGGUGGUUCGCAUGCUCAAGGGUGCACUCUCACCUCACUUUACCAAUUACACACUGGAGGUGAAGUACGGCGAUGCUACCGAAGAGAACAGCGGCAAGGUAGAUGAGGAUGACGAAGGGUUUGAGAUGGUUGAAAGAGUGACAGACAGCCUUGAAGUCAAACUAAAUAUUACGAAGGAAAAGAAGCCGAUUUCUCUCUUUGACAAGUCUAUUGACCUUGAUAAGACCCCCUCCGAUGGCGAUGAGGAUCUGCCACAAUUGGCUCCUCCAAAGCUGCUGCAGGCGCCACAUGUCAUUCCUCCACUCUACGCUUUCAACCGAACAACUGUAUACCUCCUCAUGGGCCCUGGAUCCAACCCAAGGACUCCAAAAUCUGUAAUCCUUCGCGGAGAGUCAUGGAGAGGCCCACUUGAGCUUGAAAUCCCCAUCCAAGUCCUUGAUACUCCUGGAGAAACCAUUCACCAGAUGGCUGCCAAGAAGGCUAUUGCAGAACUUGAACAGGGCCGUGGCUGGGUUACUCAGGCCAAGGACGACAAGGGCACUUUAAUCAAGGCCAAAUUUGGUGGAGCGGUUUUUGAACGCUUGGUUGAAAAAGAGGCAGUUCGCUUAGGUAUUCAAUUCCAAAUUCAAAGUGAAUGGUGUUCAUUCGUUGGAGUCGAAAAUACGCCCCAGAGUGAAGCAGCAAACAAUAAUAGCAACAGAAACUGGGAUAUUUUCUCUCCGCCGGCCUGCAGGGACAUUGAUCAGAAUUUAAUCCAAGCCAGAGGAGUAGGAUCAGGCUUGGGUCAUUUUCAGAGCUUUGGCUACUCUGCAAAUGGUUCAGUGGGGUUAGCUUAUCCUAGACUUAGAGGCGGUGCCCUGCCUAUGGCAUAUACGGCACCCAUGGCUCAGGCUCAACAACAGGCUCAACAGCCUCAAAUAUCAUACAGAGGUAGCGAUUUCGUGACAGGCUUUGGCGCCGCAGCUUGUCAACCUCCACCCCCACCGCCAGCUCCAGGGUCUGGAAUGACAUUUGGUUCGGCACCAACCACUUUUGGAAGUUUUGGUUCGGCUCCAGCCACUUUUGGAUCAGGCUUCGGUUCAGCCUCAAUCGCUUUUGGAGCAACAACAUCAGCCGCUUCUGGAGUACCACCAACCACGUUUGACGCAGCCCCAGCUGCUUUUGGAUCGGCCUCAACCGCUUUUGGAGCAUCACCAAUCACGUUUGGCGCAGCCCCAACUGCUUUUGGAUCGGCCUCAACUACUUUUGGAAAAGGUUUUGGUGCGGCUAAAACAAUAGUUACAACAACUUCAUUUUCUCCAGUUGCUGCUACUGCAGAGAACCAUUUGGAAACGUUACUCUCCUUACAAACAUUUGAGGGGUCCUGGGAAUGGAAACCUGAGCUGUUUUCGUGCCUUGGCCUUAAACCUGAUGAUGUUUCACAAAACUUGAUAGCCAAGGGCAUUAGAGAUAAUAGCUCUUCUUUAUUGGCGACAUUUGUGGCUACUGCUCUAUCAAUCAAGUUCUUUGAGAAAAAGUUGGGUAAGGAGAAGGAUGUCUGGGAUUUGGUUGUUCAAAAGGCAAGAUCAUGGAUAGAGUCUCAUAUAGGAGAGACUCACACAGAAGAACUCUUGAACAAUGUCGAUGAACUGAUUGAUACGUUAAAUAAUAUUCAUCUGAACAAUAAAUCCCAAUGGGCUAGUUAUGGUCACAGAAAUCAUUUGAUGAUAAUUCUCCAUGACGACAAAAGCAAGUUUAGAAAAAUUCUCGACCAUCCUAGGUUGUUAAAAUCUGGCGUGGACACUAUUCCUGAAGUUUGCCUGUACAAUGUCCUCGGCGAUCCUAGUCACUUCUCCCGGUAUGAUCUUCCUCCAGAGGAACCAUCCAAGCAUCGGAUAAAUAGACAAAGUGAGACACUUAAAACUGAGCAGUCCUUGUAUGACACAAACAGUAAUUUUGAGUUUUGUAGCCAAUACAAGUGUUCCUUCCAUUCACAGAAUCAUUUUCCUCACUUGUUCAUGAUGUUGGUGUAUAAUGAUCACUACUUUAUGCAUCAUGGAUUCAAAAUCAUUAAACACUUUGCAAAUGAGUCUUAG